AUGUCCAUCCCCCCUCCUCCCCACAAACUCUCCAUCCAACUUCCCCCCCGCGCCUACCUCCACACCUGGAAUCGUCGUCUGCCCGCCUCCUCCCAGCCCCACCCCUCCACCUCCCACAUCCCCAUUUUCAAAGACUCCUGCUCCGUGCGCGAACAAGUAUACGUGUACGAACAACGCGCCGUUCCACUCAUCCAUCAUCUGGAUAACGAUGAUGCGCGCUCUGUGCAUUUCGUUAUCUACGCACCUUGUUCCCUCUCAGAAGAUUCUCAAGACGCCUACAUCCCAGUAGGAACGCUCCGUCUCCUCCCCUAUCCAGAUACCCUCCGUCCUCUCCCCCACACUUGCAUUAUUGCCGGAUCUCCCACAGAAGAAAUCCCUCCCUCCUCAACGUUCUUUUUCCAGCCCUCUCCUGCUUAUAAAGUUAAUCCCGUAUCUACUCUACACGAUGGGAUAGAGCCUUAUGUACGACUUGGUCGAUUGGCUGUUUCGAAGGAGCAUCGCGGGAAAGGGUAUGCAGAUAUUUUGAUCAAAGCUGCUUUGAAAUGGGCGGGGGAGAAUCCGAGAUUUUCGGAAGAGGCGUUGAGUGAGGAGGAAAAAGGGACAGUGCCGGAGUGGAAGGGAUUAGUGUGUUUGUAUGCGAGGGAUGUAGCGGUGAGGACGUGGGAACGGAAUGGGUUUGUGGUUGAUGAAGGGAUGGGGAGUUGGUGGGAGGUGGGUGUUAGGAUUUUGGGGAUGGUGCAGAGGGUGAAUGUGAAGGGAGAUGGCGAGGAGGUGAAAUCAAGGGUAUGA